AUGUCCAACGACGAAGAGGCAGAAGUCUCACGGAAUGUCGAAAUGGUCGACGCAGAGCUUUCACCUGUAACCAAACGUAAGCGAUCUGAAAAGACGUCGUCAACCGUCACUCAACUCACCAUCCGCAAUCCACCAUGGUCAUACCUGCAGCUGUCCCUCAUCACGAAUGCUCCGAACUACCAACUUGAUGCUUUGACCGCACAUCUACACCUUCGCGCCGCUCUCUCCCAGUUCUUAGGUCUCCACGGCACUGCCAUUUCCGUCGAUAUCCUCAAGCUGCACGACAACGACGUUCACAUCCGCGUGCCCAAAGAAGAUGCAAGUGCCGUCGUGGUAGCUAUUGGUGGCUGGGUUGGUAAAGCUGGUGAAGGCUGGAGAGUCAAGAACUCUGCGUCCUGGGGUCUCGGUCUGCACUCAAGUUCUGGAGCCCACUUGUUCAAAUGA